AUGGAGAAACCCGAAGCCAUCAAAUCCGAAGGAGGAGGCCAAGACAGUCCCCGGAGCGGGUCCAUCAACGAGCACGACAGCAUCAAACCCGUCGCCGUCGGCCACCACCACGACCAUGGCAAGCACCACACCAAAUCCGAAGAAAAGGCCCGCAUAGAUGCGCUGGCCACCGCGCCAGGCGUGUCUAUGAAUUCGUUUGCGCAUCUGGAUGAGAAGAAGAUCCUGCGGAAGAUGGACUUGCGGUUGAUCCCUAUGCUGGCCCUGCUAUACCUCCUCUCGUUCCUGGACAGGGGCAACAUCGGCAACGCGAAGAUCGAGGGUCUGGUGGAGGACCUCGGGAUGACGGGUCCUCAGUAUAACUGGUGCUUAACGGUGUUCUUCUUCACUUAUGCCGCUUUCGAGGUGCCGAGUAAUCUACUAUUAAAGAAACUAAGGCCGAGUAUCUGGCUGCCGAGUAUUAUGGUGGCAUGGGGGAUUGUUAUGACUUUGAUGGGGAUUGUACAGGAUUACAAAGGGUUAUUAAUUGCGCGGAUCUUUCUAGGUGUGACGGAAGCAGGUCUUUUCCCAGGUGUCGCAUAUUAUAUCACCAUGUGGUACUGCCGCCACGAAGCCCAACUUCGGCAGGCACUCUUCUUUAGCGCCGCAUCCAUUGCGGGCGCAUUCUCUGGCCUGCUGGCCUUCGGAAUCUCGAAGAUGGACGGCGUCGGUAACCUAGCGGGCUGGCGCUGGAUUUUCAUUCUUGAAGGUAUCUUGACCGUCAUAGUAGCUGUGAUCGCAUACUUUACGCUCUUCGACUUCCCAGAAACAGCAACGUUCCUGACCGAGGAAGAACGCGCCUUUAUCGUCUACCGGCUAAAGUAUCAGGGGCAGCGAAAGAACGAGGUGCGAGUUGCGCAGGACGAUACAUUCCAGUGGAAAUUUGUUAAGGCGGCUUUUCUUGACUGGCAGAUUUGGGUGAAUAUCUGGGUGUACUGGGGUAUCGUUGCGCCUCUGUACGGCAUCUCACUUUUCCUGCCAACUAUCAUCAAAGCUCUCGGAUACACCAGCUCCACAGCCCAGCUCCUGACCGUUCCAAUCUACAUCACCGCUUCAGUCCUCGCUAUUGGAACGGCGUACGUUAGUGAUCGUUACGGGAAGCGGUCACCUUUCAUCCUGGGUGGGCUCUGUAUUAUGGCUGUCGGCUUCAUCAUGUGCAUAUCGACGACUACGCCGGGAGUGGUCUACGCUGGCGUUUUCAUCGCUGCUUGCGCUCUCUAUCCUGCUUUUCCCGGAAAUAUUACGUGGCUUUCUGCCAAUCUCGCUGGUUCGACGAAGCGAGCUACCGGCCAAGCGAUCCAGAUCGCCAUGGGAAAUCUUGCAGGCGCUAUGGCGUCGAACUUCUAUCGAUCAAAGGACGCACCACAUUAUGUACUGGGUCAUUCUCUUGAGCUUGCUUUUAUUAUAGUAGGCAUCCUCGCUGGGCUGGUACUAGUCUUCAACUACCGCAGAAUUAAUGCCAAGCGAGCGAGGCAGUUGGCGGAAAACGCGCACAAUGGAUAUACGCCGGAGGAGCUUGGUGAGCUAGGCGAUCGCGCGAUCACCUUCCAGUACGUGUUGUAG